GCCACAGCUUCACUCGCUACUCAUUGUCUGUGGCCCUGGCCAGUGUGCCCUGGUGCUUUUAGUGCGGCCUGGAGGGGCAGCCUCUUUUCAACGCAGUCAGAGCCGCAACUAUAAGAGGCGGUGCCUCCCACAGUGGCUGCUUCAGCCCACCAGCCAGGACAGCGAGCCAUGCUGCCUGCGGCCCGCCUCCAGACUUACUAGAGCCGGCCUGAGAACUCUCACCACUGCCCUCGCUGCUGUGUCCAGUCCCACCGUCGCGAGCAGCAACCAAAGUCGCCAGAACCGCAGCAGAGAACCAGCAAGGCCAGGCAGGCCAUGGGGCUCUGGGCGCUGCUGCUCAGCUGGGUUUCUGCUACGUUGCUACUGGCACUGACCGCUCUGCCCGCAGCCCUGGCUGCCAACAGUAGUGGCCGAUGGUGGGGCAUCGUGAACAUAGCUUCUUCCACGAACCUGCUGACGGAUUCCAAGAGUCUGCAGCUGGUCCUAGAGCCCAGUCUACAGCUCCUGAGCCGCAAGCAGCGACGACUGAUCCGACAGAACCCCGGGAUCCUGCACAGCGUGAGCGGAGGGUUGCAGAGUGCAGUGCGAGAGUGCAAGUGGCAAUUCCGAAACCGCCGCUGGAACUGCCCCACUGCCCCAGGGCCCCACCUCUUCGGCAAGAUCGUCAACCGAGGCUGCCGAGAAACAGCGUUUAUCUUCGCGAUCACCUCCGCCGGGGUCACACAUUCGGUGGCACGCUCCUGCUCGGAAGGUUCCAUCGAGUCCUGUACCUGCGACUAUCGUCGGCGCGGUCCUGGGGGCCCCGACUGGCACUGGGGGGGCUGCAGCGACAACAUCGAUUUCGGGCGCCUCUUCGGACGAGAGUUCGUGGACUCUGGGGAGAAGGGGCGGGACCUCCGCUUCCUCAUGAACCUUCACAACAACGAGGCAGGGCGCACGACGGUGUUCUCUGAGAUGCGCCAAGAGUGCAAAUGCCACGGGAUGUCCGGCUCCUGCACAGUGCGCACGUGUUGGAUGCGGCUGCCCACGCUGCGCGCCGUGGGCGACGUGCUGCGCGACCGCUUCGACGGCGCCUCCCGCGUCCUUUACGGCAACCGAGGCAGCAACCGCGCAUCGCGGGCGGAGCUGCUGCGCCUGGAGCCCGAAGACCCCGCGCACAAGCCGCCCUCCCCUCACGACCUCGUCUACUUCGAGAAAUCGCCCAACUUCUGCACGUACAGUGGCCGCCUGGGCACAGCUGGCACCGCUGGGCGAGCUUGCAACAGCUCGUCUCCCGCGCUGGACGGCUGUGAGCUGCUGUGCUGCGGCCGGGGCCACCGCACGCGCACGCAGCGCGUCACAGAGCGCUGCAACUGCACCUUCCACUGGUGCUGCCACGUCAGCUGCCGCAACUGCACGCACACGCGCGUACUGCACGAGUGUCUAUGAGGCGCUGCGCCUCCGGGAGCGCUCCCUUCCAGUUCUCCUCAGACAAACUCGCUGGCCCUGAUGCUCGCCCACCCUAGCGCGUCCAGCCACAGUCCCGGGGUUCAUAGCGAUCAAUCUCUCCCACCUCCUACCUGGGGACUCCUAAAACCACUUGCCUGAGGCAGCUCUAACCCUUUUGCCAUCCCGAGGGCCCUGCCUCAGCCUACCUCCCUCCCUCUUUGCGGGAGACCCGUUUUGCACUGCCCCCCAAUUUGACCAGAGGGUGAGAGGAGGAUUCUUCUUCUGGGGUGAGGGUGGAGGUUGGGGGGGGUGAGCUCGUGAAGGUGUUGCGGUCCCUGAUGUAUUGUGCCUGGUGACUUCUGUGUGUGUAUCACCUUCUGAUUGUCUCCGGGUCCAUGUAGGUCUCUUACGUUCUCUAACCAACACCUCUGGGCUUCAAGGCCUUUCCCCUCCCACCUGUAGCUGAAGAGUUUCCGAGGUGAAAGGGCAAGGAAAGCUGUAACGACGUGGGAAAUGAGGUUGGGGGACCCAGCGGAAAAAACCUACAUUCUCCUAGCCUCUGUCCUGGAGCCAUUGAACAGCUGUGAACCAUGCCUCCGUCAGCACCUCCCACCCCUUCCUGUCCUGCCUCCUCAUCAGAGUGUAAAUAAUUUGCACGAAAACGUGGCCGCAGAGCCACGCGUUCGGUUAUGUAAAUAAAACUAUUUAUUGUGCUGGGUUCCAGCCUGGGUUGCAGAGACCACCCUCACCCCACCUCACUCCUCUGUUCGGCUUGCCAGCCUUUUUGUUAUUCGAUCUUUUCUCUUUCAUUCAGUUUCUCAAAGACACCCUUGCCCACCGGAUCAGUAUUUCCUUCCACUGUAGCUAUUAGUGGCUCUUCGCCCCCACCACUGUAGUAUCUUCCUCUGAGGAAUAAAAUAUCUAUUUUUA